AUGAAAAUUGACCAAUUUUCUUCCACAACUUUAAAUUUCAAAGGAAUUCAUGAGGAUUAUGGCUCUAUAGAAGAGGUUGUAUUCCAAGGGAAAGACAAUUUCUCUGAAAUGGAAUUGAUGGGAGAGAUUGAUCCCCUGCCUCCUGAGAAUGGAAAAGGAGCUAAUUUGUUCGAAGGUCAAAAUCAGCAGCAGCAAGAACAACCUAAAGUUGAUAACUUGAUGUUAGAAGAGAUCAACUACUUCGACCCUGAUAUGCAAGUGCAACCAACACAACUAUUUCAGGAAACUACAAGGCUAAAGAAACAUGGAGUGGCAAAUUCAGAAUCAGUUGAAUACAAUAAACAGACGCCACCCUCUUUCGCAUCCUUAGAGCUUCUGCGAAAUUACGGAAGCAGGUUCAAGAAGCUAAGCGAACCAAGUACAAGCACCUUUAGCAAUAUUGAAACUUCUUUGGAUCACCAGAAGAUGUCAACUGAAGAAAUAAUAAGAUUGGCCGGAGCAAGGUAUGUCCAAUACUCUGCACAUUGGAAUGAUAGUUUUUGUCUACCUAUGCACCCAUAUGGAUUGGAACUUGGGAGUUUGUCCGAGGAAGAAAAUAGAGAUGUGGAACUUGCUCAGUUUCUCCUAGCUGCAGCUGAGAGGGUAGGGUGCAAACAAUUUGAACGUGCUAGCAGGUUACUUCAACAUUGUCAAUGGAAUUCAUCUAGAAGUGCAAGUCCUGUUCAAAGAGUUAUUUUUCAUUUCGCUCAAGCACUUCGAGAGAGAAUAGACAAAGAAACAGGAAGGAUGACACUUAAGGUAUCGGAGAAAAAUGAAGAAAGGGAGUUAAUUCAAAAGAUGGAUACCAACACUUCCCUCACAUGCCAUCAAAAUAUUCCAUUCAAUCAAGUGAUGCAAUUCACUGGAAUACAAACUAUAGUGGAACAUGUUGCAUGUGAGACAAAAAUCCAUCUUAUAGAUCUUGAAAUAAAAAAUGGGGUGCAUUGCACAGCUUUGAUGCAAGCACUGACAGAACGCCAGAAUUACUCAGUGGAACUUUUUAAGAUCACUGCCAUUGCACUUGAGACAUGCAAAGCCAUGAUAGAAGAAACAGGCAAAAGGUUAGCUAGUUUUGCUGAAUCCUUGAACUUACCCUUUUCAUAUAAGGCAAUUUUCGUUAUAGAUAUGGCAGAAAUAAGGGAAGAUCAUUUUGAAAUGGAAGAUGAUGAAGCUGUUGCUGUAUAUUCCCCAUAUUUUCUAAGGUACUUGGUGUCAAGGCCCAAGUGUAUGGAAAAUUUGAUGUGGGUUAUAAGAAAUAUUAAGCCAAGAAUAAUGAUAGUACUUGAAGUAGAAGCAAACCACAACUCUCCCUCCUUUGUGAAUCGCUUCAUUGAAGCGUUGUUCUCCUACUCAGCCUUUUUUGAUUGCCUUGAAACCUGCAUAAAAGAGGAGACUGGGUGUAGAAUGACAACUGAAGCAAUAUUAUCUGAAGGGAUACGAAACAUUGUUGCUAUGGAAGGAAGGGAAAGGACAGUAAGGAAUGUGAAAAUAGAUGUUUGGAGAAGGUUCUUUGCAAGGUAUCGAAUGGUGGAAACCGGGUUUAGUGAGUCAUCUAUGUACCAAGCUGAGUUGGUCGCCAAAGAGUUUGCUUUUGGUAAAUUCUGCACUAUUGACAAGAAUGGCAAGGGUCUCGUUGUUGGAUGGAAGGGGACUCCUUUGCAUUCAAUCUCAGCUUGGAGGUUUCUUUGA